AUGGCUUUCGAGAAGGGUGUUACCGAAAUCGCGGAUUCUGAAGAUGACUCAAUGCCGUCGUCACCUGCUCUUGAAUCAACGGACAAGCUUUGCGCAAUGGCAGGCGCCCCGUACCAAGAGCGACAAGACGCGCUACAUGAGGCAGAUGGCCUUCACCAAGCACUUGCCCAACGCAAUGCCAGCGCUGCUGAGGGCUUGGAUGUCGAUCUUCAUGGCGUUUCAUCAGACGUCGACGCGUCAAAAGUUGAUCAGACUAACAUGACAUCUCAUGAUACCAGCAGAGUGCAAGACGAAGGAGCCAUCAUUGAAGUGGGCAGACACGACCUGGAGCUGCACUCACAGUUGCAUUUGUCAAAAGCGGAACCCGCAACUGCAGACAUAUCAGAUGAGUUUAACGUGGCGGCGGCACAACCUUCGCCAACAGAUGCAUUGCAACUUUGUAGUCAUACGCCAGCUAAAAGAGCAGAUACCCAUAUCCGACGACAAAGGAGCACUAAUCAGACGGCCAAAGACAAUCUUGCAGCACAAAGAGAAGUCAAACCUGUAGAGGAUGCAAUGGCAAAGAAUGUUGAACAUGAUCUUGCAGCCGGCUGUCAAGAACAACAGUCUACUGUAGGUGGUAUCAACCCAGUUGCUAUGGAGCAGAGCGCGACUGGAAGCAUACAUCCCACCACGUUGGACGCGUCAUCAAAAGCACCAAGCACCGCUGGACAUGAUCUAUCAGAUACUGGAGUUGACUUGGAAGUACCAAGUGGGUGGUCAACAUGUAAAUUGCAAGAUUAUGCCACGCGCGACGGUCGGCCCCAACAGUCAACCGAAGGACUUUGUCACGCUGCAAGUGGUGAUAAAACAGAUCAACACUCGAGCGAGAUUACAGUUCCCACUCCAAUAACUCUAACUGGCGCAUCAAAUGACGCACUCGCUGAAGUCUCAGUGCCAUCACCUUUCCUGACCGAAACCAUGCACAACAGAAGUGGUGGCUCCAAACACUGUGAAGCCCAAGAUCCAGGAACCACGCUUUAUAUCUCGCAGAUGGAUAUCGACACUAGCGAAGCGUCCGUGAGCAUAGAAAAGGCUACCUCGAUGAUCGAUCAGGAACAGACUUUGAAAGAGGGAUCCGCGAAACAACACUCAGCCGUGAACGAGGUGGCAUUAUCGAAACAGAGCGCAGAUCGUAUCUUCGAUGCUAGUUCAUCGGCCGCCGAACUAGCUACCCACGCCCAACCACAUGUUGGCGCGCAACCCACGUCGUCAGCCGCAGAGACAUCUCCACCGAAGACACCCCAGGAAGUUACUCUCGACGGACUGAAAGCACAGAAGGCUGCGCUCCUGGCAUCUCUCGGUUCACUUCCAGCAAUCCAAGUGCUCAUAGAAGAGAACGCCCUUUUGGACGCCGAACCAGGCGAUGCAAACGACGCACCUACCGAGAUCGAAAUCAUGGCAGCUGCGAACCAGAUUGUUAAAGAACACAUCAAGUUGCUGCAUGAAUACAACGAACUGAAAGAUGUGGGUCAGGGGUUGAUGGGUCUUAUCGCGGAUCAGCGGGGCGUACGGAUAGUACAAGUCCAAGAAGAGUUUGGCAUCGAUAUAGAAGACUGA